CUGAGUCAGCACAGAGUGGUGCAUGCUGCAGCCUUGGCACGGCGCUAGCCGCGGCCGUUGAAAGUGACGUGCAGGGGACCCCGCUAGAUCGCCGCCGCAGCCUAGAAAGCCGUGAUUCAUUGUUUGCGCCGCUCACCACCGAUCCUCGCGUAAACAGAACGAUGGCGCAGGUGCAGAAGGGAGAGCAUCUGCUGCAGCGCCCGCUUUACGUGUUCGAUCUCCCAGAGGAGCUGCUCUCGACCCUCACGCUCAAGAUCCAGCCAAACCAGAUUCCCCACGAGGAACCGCCGCAAAGACCGACGCCUGCGAGCGACGCGGGCGAGCGCCCUGAGAACGAAGAUGGCAGCCCCGCGAAAGCAACGUCUUGCCACCUGUGCGGGCUCAGCUUCGCGACGCUCGCCGACCAGCGCAGCCACGUCCGCUCCGACCUCCACGGCUACAACCUCAAGCAGAAGAUAAAGGGCCUGAAGCCAGUUGGAGAGGGCGACUUCGAGAAGCUUGUCGGCGAGCUGGACGAGAGCAUCUCUGGCAGCGAGUCUUCAGAGUCGACAGAGGACGAGGAAGAGGACGGAAGCAAGCCCAAGGAAUCCACGCUGAGCGCGCUGCUGAAGAAGCAGGCUAAGAUUGCGGACCCGGAGUUUGACGAAUUGUCAUCCAAUAGGAGGCAACGUGGGGCAGGGAAGCCGCCUUUGCUCUGGUUCACAUCGCCGCUGCUGCCGGACAGCAUGUCGCUGGGGGUUUACAGGGCGGUUUUCACCGUGGCAGAACAGGAAGAGGAGGCACACCUUGUCGAGUCGUUGCGAAGGAAGCAGAUUGCUCCGGCGAUACCACCGAAAAUCAAGUCGGAAGGCGGCGUACCCUUGCCGGGGAGUGAUAUCGGACCGCACUACUUUCUGUGCAUGAUCGGAGGUGGCCAUUUCGCUGCCAUGAUCAUCUCACUUGCGCCGAAGAAGGGAAAGAAUCAUGCGGGAGUGGACGAGCGCUCAGCGACCGUCAUCGCUACAAAGACGUUCCACAGGUACACAACUCGUCGGAAGCAGGGUGGCUCACAGUCGACAAGUGAUGCCGCGAGAGGCGCUGCGCACUCGGCUGGUUCAUCGCUGCGUCGGUAUAACGAGGCCGCGCUCACGAAGGAGGUGCGCGACCUGCUAACGAGCUGGAAGACGAUGAUCGAUACAGCUGAUCUGCUCUUCAUCCGGGCAAGUGGCACCACCAGCCGGAAGACGCUGUUCGACAAGUACGAAGGACAGGUGUUGAAGAAUAACGAUCCUCGCAACAGGGGAUUCCCAUUCACCACGCGACGAGCGACACAGAAGGAGCUCAUCCGCGCUUUCGUUGAGCUCACUCGUGUCAAGCAAAGCACCAUCGACGAAGCCGCACUCGCAGCACUCAAUGCACCCCAAAAGGAGCCAGCAGCGCCCGCGCCGCCGAAGCCUCAGAAACCGCCCAAACCCUCCAAAGAGGAGGAAGAAGCCACUCUUCAUACCUCUCAAAUCACUUCCAUCAUAAAGCGCUCAAAAGUGCCCGCCCUCCUCAACUACCUCAAAACCAACAACAUCCCUCCAAGCUUCAGAUUCGUUCCGGAAAACUUCCACACGCCAACACCUCUUCACCUUGCAGCAUCUCUCAAUUCCGCACCGGUAGUCCUAGCAUUACUCACAAAAGGUGGCUCCGACCCCACGCUCAUGAGCGACGAUGCCCGGACCCCCUUUACCCUCGCUGGCGACCGUGCAACCCGUGACGCCUUCCGUCUGGCGCGCUUCGAGCUCGGCGAAUCCGCUUUCGCCUGGGACGAGGCCGGCGUGCCCUCCGCUCUGUCCAAAUCCGACCUUGAGAAGCGCGAGGCGCGCGAAAAGAGCGAGAAAGCCGCCGAAGACAAGGCCGAGGCUGAGCGGCGGAAAGCGGAGACGGAGCGGCUGCGGAGGGAGAGCGAGGCGGAGGAUGCGAAAAGGCGGGAGACGAAGCUGGGCAAGGGGAGGAUUGUAGGGGUCCCAGAGAAGAGUGCGGGAGAGCGGAGGGAGGAGGAGGUCAGGGGGUUGGGACCUGAGGCUAGGGCGCGGAUGGAGAGGGAAAGGAGGGCGAGAGCGGCGGAGGAGAGGAUGAGGAGAUUCGCGGGGGCGAGUUGAGUGAUGUAGGUUAAGAUGAGAGAAUAGCUUGCGCUAGCGAGUCUGCUGAACUUAUCAAGAUAUAGUUCGCUUGGCUUUCC